GAACGAGCGUGUGCCGCUAGCUGAGCUCGGCCGAGGAGGCGUAACCAUUCGCAUUUUUGCUGGAAUUCAUCAUCACUGUUACAUGUAAGUGUUAAAAUAACAAUUAAGUUCAUUCUGCGGCAAGUAUUGAUUCACAAUUACCGAAAUCUGUUCACUGUUGGUUACUAAAACAGACGUGGACUGGAUAUAUAUUUUGUAUCAUCAAGAGAGCUACCGGCUACCAGUUUUGUUGAAAACCACUUGCAAAGUUGCAUUGAUUCGCAUCGCCCAGCACGUCUAAGAAAUGUCCCCCGGUACCUUCGGGGAGUUUAUUAGGAUCUUGCUUGGUAAAUUUUUUGGAUUUAGCUGGAUUGUUUUAUCUGAAAUUUAACCUGAUGCAAACUAAAAUAUAGAUGGUUGAGGAGAGAACCAAAGAGUAACCAUGGAAUGAAACCCUCUCAGGAAGUUCUAAUGUGAAUGGAUUCACAAAGAAGAGGCACAGAUUUUGAAAUGGAUUUACUCUGGUUUAAAUGAGCUGUGGAGAGUACAUGUAUUUGUAUAAAGAGGGAAGAUUGCACGUACAAGGUUAUGUGUGCUGCCGAUAUUGUGAUAUUACUGUGAAGAAAGCAACUGCAUCAAACAUUGACAUGGGAUGGUAGCUGUUUCAUUAAAGGAGACCUUGAGGCUCCAGCAUAUUGGAUUGAAGGAUUUAGAAACAAUGUUAAUCAUGAACCAAAUUUAACUAGACAGUACUCCUGUUCUUGAAGAACAUCAUAGUGUAGAGUGUUAUUAUUUUUCUCAAUUAUAGUAGUAUUAAAAGGAUAACCAUGGAAGAACCUCAAGAGGAAAUCAAUUCUUUGACCCAAGAUGAGGUCCUUCCCUUUGUCAUGUGGACAGUGGCAACAGCUGUACUUAUAGUCAACAUCAUUAUCCUCAUCUUGGGUGUGGUCAGGAAGCGAGAGAUACCUGUAGAUGCUUUCCUAAUUCACAAUUUACUCUUCUGUUACCUCCUUCUCUGCCUCCAUCCUUAUGUUAUCCUCACCACAAACAUUGUCCUAAGCCAUCAUCAAGAUGAAACUGUCAUCAAGGCUCUAUGUAGCUUUGCAAGCUUCGUAGGUGUGGCCACGUCCACCAUGUGCAUGUGGACCAUGGUGACCCUAGCCAGUAGCUUCCUUCUCCGUCUCCUGUUGCCAAGGCGAUUCAAGAACCUUAAGUCAUACCUCAAUGCCUUGAGGAUUGUUCUUAUUGCAGAGUGGGUGUUGGUUGGUCUCUUCGCUGUAGUGCCUCUGAUACCAUUCCCUGUGUUUGCUGAAGCCCAACAGACAUCCAAGGUUUAUCUCUGUCUCCCGCUUCAUACCAUGCUAGAGCAACAACCAAUGUGGAUCUACACAUUAGUCCUGGCUUCUAUGGAUGGUCUGUCUAUCAUCAUCCUGCUCAUGCUCAUCGUCGUCACCGCCUGCCAGCUCCACAAGCAACAGCGCAACACUGUAGGGGUAACACCCAUGGAAGCAAGAGUCAUCCAGAAGAAUGCAGCUCUGGUCAAACGUGUUGGCCUCAUGAUGCUCAGCACUGUUGCCUUCCGCUUCCCUGGAGUGGUAGCCAUCUUUGGUGCUAAUCUCAAUGUGAGUAUCCCAACGGUGGUUUUCCAGUGGGUUUUCGGGAUAGUGCUUCCUUUCAGUGGGAUCAUUGGACCGGUCAUCUACAUCUUCUAUGCUGGUCUGGAGGACACCACUCUUGAAGCCUGUUGGCAUACCUGCAGGAAGAAAGCUGUGAAAGGUGGCAGUGCUUUACGUGUUGGGCUUGGUCAGCUUGCUCGUACGGUCCCACCCUCUAGAGCUUCUGGCCAUGGAAAGGGAACAGACUUAGAGGGAGCCCUAGCCAACGGGAUGGGGCCGCAUACUCAUGAUACCUUGCCGAGGGGUAGCAACCGCGCCCCGGGUGAAGCAUCGUGGGUAGAACAUGUCCUCAUGCAAGCAAGACCAGAGAACUUUGGCAUCGUGGAAUGGCAGACCAGUAACGGAUCCCCUCGCAGAGGUCUCCUGCAGACGUUCCACCCGGACCACUACCAGCAGUGGAAGACCGAGGCCCUGACUCUCUCACGGCUUCAGUCUAAACGCUUUCACCCGCACAUCAUAGAAUGCCUGUGGCACUCCAAUAGUUCCAAGACCCGCUUGGAUCGGGGAACAGGCAAAGAUGCAGCAAGGCCAGUCUACUUGGAAAGAUACAUCUGCACCACGUACUACCAGCAUGGCUGCCUGCAGCAGUUCCUUCCAAAGUUCCUGGACAAGUUCAGUGAGUCCAUACUGCACUCCCUAUCCUGUCAGAUAUCACAGGGUCUGGCCUUUCUCCAUGAGAACAACGUGGUCCACACCAGGCUAGAGUCUACCAAUAUCAUGGUCGGAGGCAAUCCAGAGGUGAGGACAUUUGUGUGUUUGUAUUUGUGUGUGUGUUUGUAUGUGUAAAGCUAAAGUGAGGACGGUGGACUUUGAACAAUGAUCGUUUGGUAUCAGGGUAGUCAACAGAUGUCUAACUACUGCAUAGUGUGGACAGAGUUACAUGUAGCAUUGUCAGAAGGAUCAUGUGAAGACAUAUGAUUGGAUGUUUGUAGUGAACACCUAAGAACUUCCAAACCUGCCUUACAUGUAUUUUCAGUGGCUGAGUAUACAGCUUGUGCUUCUUCUGAAGCCAGAAAAAAAUCAUCAGAGGUGAUUAAAGUUUACCUUUAGGACAAAUUUUACAGGGGACUGACCAACUUGAGGGCGGAAGCGUUCACACUCGAAAGAGUCGCAAUAUGUAGCUUGACAUCCGAUGCCAGUAGGUUCCCAAUGUAAAUUUAGUAAAUAAGAUGGGUAAAGUACCCCUGACUACCAUUGGCUAAACCAUAUCGUCUGAGUUAUAUGCCUUUUAUUUGUAGUCUCAUACAUUGUUUGCUUGUUUGCAAAUAUUUAAAUUUGCAUUGACAAAUUGCUUUUACAUUUUUUUUUCAAUUUAGAAGUGAGUCUUUGGCUGUAAUAUCAUUUUGUUUGCACUUUAUAAGAGGAAGUGCGUGUUCAGAUAAUGCUACAUGCAUGUAUAAUUUGAUGUGCUGUCCAUAGGGAGUCUUAUUACAGUCACUCACGCAAGUGUAAAUUUGAACAUAAUGCAUUUAAAAUCAGAAGGCAUUGACAAUAUGUCUGUCAAAGACAGCCAAGAUUGUAAUAUGUGACUGAAGAAAGUGCAUUGUUUUUUUUUUUUGUAAAAGAAGAGACAUUUUAUUUCAAUACAUGCACAAGGAGAAGUAAUGUGUCAGACAUGGUUCUGAAAAAAUGCCAGAUAUAUGAUAAUGAUGAAAUAACUGGAUUUAUACUAUCCAUUUUUCAGAGAAUGCGAGUUGAAAUUACAAUGCCAACUAUAUAAUUCAACAUUGUAAAACUAUGUUUCAAAGUUAUUUUUUGAUAGGACAGUUGAGGUAUGGUGGUAUAAUUUUGGGGCAUUAGUUCCAAAGACAUGAUGGAUUGAUGUUAUCUUUUCAAAUUAGAAUUGCUAUUAAAUACUUGCAGCUUUUAACCAUGUAUGAUAAAUUGUUAAGGAUCCAACCAAAGUUAGAAAAUAAGGUUACUCAGACAAACUUACAUGAUAUUUUUUGUUAAUGUAAGGAUGAGAACAGACAUAUAAAAGUAAUUCUUGUCACAAGGCAUUUUGAAAUAAAGAAUACAGGGCCCCAAAUGAUUUUUUUUUUUUUACCUUUUUUAGAUAAUUAUAAAUUUUCCAUUUCAUGCCAAUGCUGCUCUCAGCUGUUUGAUGAUUUGGGUCUCUAAGUCUUGUUUUCAUCAUCAUCCACCAACAAUGAUCUUCCUUACAUCUGCUAUAUUAAUUCCCAGGCACUUGUUUUGUCUGUUCAAAUCUGGGUGUUUUUUCUGUAAAAUGAGAAAAUUUGGAGGUUUUUCCAGUCACGGAAGGGUUGUCAUGCAUUUGGUAACCAGCAUGUGAUCGGCUAUUAACCAUCUGGAACUCAGCGUGCUCGUUUACUAGCCAAAUUGGCAAUGGUAACGCUCCAAAUCUUUCAAUUGCUCCUGUCGUCCUUGUGAUUUGUCACGUGUUCAUGAGAGGAAUAAAAAAAUGUUGCUCAUAUCUCAUUUUCUCAUGGAUGCAAGUUCACUAUUUAUGUGUUUACUUUAUAUGUUAUUUAUUUCAAAAUGUGAACACUAGCUAACAUUACCAUAUGUGUUACAAAGAUAUGAGAAAAUGCCUCACUCGAAACUAGAGGGGGGGGGGGUUGCUUAUACAUGUAGAUGUUUCUAGAAAGUAAUCUUAAAUGUGUGUUUGAUCUAUCAAUUGUAGCUGGAAAAUCAAUCAAGAAGUAGACUGGCAGUCAGUUUUGAACAAUGUGAUUGCUUGCAGGAUUCAUUAUUAAUAGUUUUGCCAGAAAUUGACCUGCAUUAUUGUAAAAUCAUGCAGGCUGGGUAUCAAACUCACGUCCCUCAGACUGAAAGAUGAGAGUCAUUACCACUAGACCACUAUUCCCCCCCUCUCACCUUACAUUGCAAGGCUCCCUAGUAAUGAUCACAAGUUAGGUCUUACAAGCAAACAAUAAUCAACAAGAAAAAAUUCAGAUAUAAAAUCAAUUAUGUAUCUGGUGUGGAUAUUUGCUAAAUUAAUCAUGGAGUUGGGGGAGGUGGUGAGAAAACAAGCUUAGUAAUAGAGCUCUGUAAUUUUUUAUAUUUUUUAUAAGUGUAUUCGGUUGGGAUUACACCCCUGCAUGCUUUGCAUGUUUUCAAGUAUAAUUGUUAUUUCAUUUAAGAUAUAUAUUUCAGGUCUCAUAAAAUGUAGAAUUGAAUAUAAGAUAUGGUAAUCUUAAUUGAGAAUUGUACUAUUCCUAACAAUUUACAAUAAUUAAGAAAAUAAUGUACUUUACAUUAUGAAACUUUUCAUUUAAUAUGAUUUUUCUUUUUUUCCAUUUGUAUUAUUUUACUUCACACUCCACUGAAAAAUAUGGUUUCUUAUAUAUUUCAUGCAAAAUCCUCCCUAUUUUUUCAUCAUAGAGAAUUAGGAUUGUAACUGUAAGGAAUGGAUACAUAAUAAUUGAAUUAUUAUUCACAGUGAUUUCAAAGUAAUCCUGUUUAUUUUCUUACAAGAGAUUAGGGAACUACUUCAACUACAUGUACACAGCUUUCCAGAAAUAAAAAAUUCACAUUUAUUCUUUGCUGAUGUUUGUGGGACUUAUGAUAUAAAUACUUUUGUAAAUAGGUAUAUUUAACAAUUGUUUUUCCCAAGGAUAAAAACAUCUUUUACUUCUUAUAAAUUUUCUUUGUAUUGUAGAAUAAGAACUUUGCUAUUGGCCUGUAAAUUGAUGAAUUAUGGAAACUUCUGCAGAAGUAUGUGGUGAUGGGAAUGUUGUUCAAACAUUGUCAUGAGCUCUGAAAAGAACUAAUGGGGAUGUGAAACAGCAACGAUUCAACCUCCCUGACAGGGUAGCGGGAGUUUGGUUUCCAUCAGGGAAUAUUCAAUGUUGCACCGGGAUCACGAAGAAACGUGAUACCGCUUUCCCCUAGAAACACGAGCGCCUGAAUUCCGCUGCUGAGAUAUCGGCAAUAUGCACUGUCACAUUAUCUGUCAGUGUGGGAAUACUAUUCAAGGAGGAACCCCAAGUUGUUUUGUGUUCUACUAAGACGGGGCUUGCUCUAGAGACCCAAGUGUUGUUUAUCCGGUUGUUGAUAUCAAAGCAGUUGAAAGUCUUUAAGUGUUUGCUGUGUCAGAGAUACAUGGCAACAAGUCUAAAGUUUGUUUGAAUGUUGUUGUAUGAUAACAAGUCUGUCUUUGGGAUAUGUUUAAGAUGUUGCGUAGUGAUCUGCUUGAAAUGGAUAGUUUAGCUGAAGGUAUUAGUAAUUGAAAGUUAUAUUCCGGUGAUAACUUGGUAUACUUGUAAUGAUAUGGGAUGCAAAUUUGGGGUAUGUUUGAAAUGCAUUGUAUGUAUGUAUGCAUGCAUAUCAAUGUACUAUGGAUGAUAGUGAGAAUGAUGAUGAUAUAGAUGGUCAAAGUUAUAGAUAGACAGAUUCAAGAAUAUGAAGGAUGGAUGUGAUAGAAUAUUGGAAGGAGAUUUAAUGAAUGUAGAAGUAGAAGAAAGAAAGGUCAGGGAAUGAAUGAAGAGGAAAAGAAAUGAAUUAAAACGAAAUUGAUGAUCAUGAGAAAGAGAGGGAUUUGAGAUUGAUGAUUUGAAAAUUGGAAUAUAGGGGAAAGAGAUUGGAAGACUUAGGAAAUGUAUGAAAAAGGACAAAAGUGUGAAUACAAAGGAUGGAAUUCUACUGUAUAAGGAAAAAGUGAAUAGAAAGAAACAAAGUUGAAAUUGAACCCAAAAGAUUUAAAAGGAAAUUGAAGAAUACAAUUGAGCUGAAAAGACUGAAGAGAAAAUAAAUGGUCAAAGAAAUAUUGAAAGAAAGGAUGGAAAAUGAGAGUUGGGAGGAGGGAGAAGAAAUUUCUUGAGGAUAGUGAGUUCC